AUGAUCAACCCGAAGGUUUCCCGCUUUUGCUGGCAGAACCUGCAAGUGGAGCCAGCUCCAGACUUCCCAGACGCUGAGUUGCUCCGUGAUGAGAUUGUGCAGGAGACCAUCUACGAGCGCGUCUUCAGCGAUACGGUCACCCUUCGUCCACCUCGGCGGUACCAGGUCAGGAUCCUGAAGGAGUUGAUAGCAAGGAUUGAAGGCUCGAUCGAGGACUGGGACGAGCAUGGAAUCUCGAAUAACCUCACCUUUGCCCUCUCGAAUUUACUGUCGCAGCCACUACUAUCAGAGACGGAUGCUGCUCAACAAAGAGACUACGUCACCUAUCACCUCUCGCUCCUGCAUGGCCAGUCAACAGCAGUAGAGACACCUCGCAUCCACCUCUUGGAAUCUCGGUCCCUCAUCUCGGCUGCCGGAACGACGGGGUUGCGCACCUGGGAGGCGGCCUUGCACCUCGGGCAGUAUCUCUGCAUUGACCCGUCGCUCGUCAAGAACAAGCGGGUGCUCGAGUUGGGGGUUGGGACAGGUUACCUCUCGGUGCUUUGCGCCAAGUAUCUGGGCUCAGGCCAUGUCAUCGCAUCAGACGGAUCGGUUGAGGUAGUCAACCACUUGUCGGACAGUUUCUUCCUGAACGGCCUCCAGGGGUCGCCCAAGGUCUCGGCAAUGCAGCUGAACUGGGGCCAUGCGCUGGUUGGGACGCCGUUGGGGGAAAUGGAAGGAGGAGGGCUGGAUACCAUCUUGGGCGCAGAUAUCACCUACGAUGUGAGCGUGAUUCCGGCUCUGGUUGCGACGCUGGAAGAGCUGGCAAUACUGUUCCCGGGGCUCGCCGUUCUGAUUGCUGCGACAGAGCGGAACCUGGCAACUUUCGAGAGCUUUCUGGCCGUGUGCGCGAAAAGGGGCUUCGCGGUCAGCCAUGAGUCGUUUCCCGUGCCGCCAAGAAGCAAGCAAAACGGUCCAUUUUACAGCGAUGAGAGCCCGAUACACAUUUGCAAAUUGACCAUGUGA